AUGGCAAAAGGAAAUAAAAAAGCAAGCUCUGCUAAAAAACCAGUUCAUGGUUUUACAAUUCAAGAACCAGAAGAAUUUAAAGAUAAUACCAGAGCAUUAAAAGCCGAAGCUGAAAAUAAGAGACAAGAGGGUUUCAGAAAAAUUAAAGAAGAAAAGUUACAAAAGGAACUUCAAGAAAAGAAAGAAAAGGAAGAAGCUGAACAAAAGAAGAAACAAGCCGAAAUCGAUGCCAAAAAGAAAGAAGAGGAAGCAGAGCAAGAAAAGAUUAGAUUACAAAAGGAAAAGGAAGAAAGACAAGAAAAAGAAAGAUUGGAAAAAGAAGAAAAAGACAGACUAGAAAAGGAAAAGAAACAACAACCAGUUGCCAAUGAACCAAAAUCAGUCGAACCAGAACCAGUUGCCUCUGCCAUUGCCGUUGAUUCUGUUUCCGCUACUUCGAUUGAACAAUCAUCACCAUCAAUUAACUCUAAAAAACCAAAAAAAAAUCAAAAUAAAAGAAAGCACAGCACUCAAUUAUCAUCAUUUGAAAUUAAUCAACCACAAGAUUUCACUGACGAUUCAUUCAAAAUCGAUAAUGAAGAUGUUAUUAGAUUAAGAUCAAAACUAAUCAAGGUUAAUAAUGCUAAUAAUAAACCAAAGAAAAAUAAAAAAUCAAACAGCAAACCAAAUUCACCAGCCAUUACUUCAUCAAAUAGUACUUUUGUUCCAUCAACUACCACCACCACUACUACAACUACCAAUACUUCCCCAUCAACCAUUACCGAAGAGCCACCAAAAUUUGUUGAGGAACCAAAACAAGCUGAAGAAAUUAAAAAGAUUGGUAUUAAAUCAUCAGAAAAGAAAGUUGAACAAAAAGCUUCACCAAUUCAAAAACAAAAGCAACAACAAAGACAACAACAAAAAUCAACCGAGGCUAAGCAACAACAACCAAAGAAAUCACCAAAACCUUCACCAGUUCAAAAGAGUGUUGGUUUCAAAAUUGUUGAACCAAACUUUGGUGGUGAACCAUCCAAACAAACUACCACCGCUCCAGUAACUACAGAGACCAACAAUGCUUCAGAUGCUACUACCGCCACUGCUUCCGCCACUCCAGUCGCUGUCUCAAACGGUAAAUCAAAUAAAAAGAAAUCAAAUAAAAAGAAACAACAAAACAAAGGUGAUGAUAUUGAUGUUUUAUUAAAGAAAAUUAAUGGACCAACUAUGAAAAAAACAAAGCCAGUUGCAGGCGAGCAAACACAAGAUUUAGAAGCAAAGAAAAAAGAAACUGCAGAGCAAGCUGAAAAGAAAAAACCAUCAAAGAAACCAAGUAAAAGAACCGAAUCAAGUGAAACAAAAGAAGAUGUUAAUGAAGAAGAACCAACCAAAGAAGAACCAACCAAAGAAGAACCAACCAAAGAAGAACCAGCCAAAGAAGAGCCAGCCAAAGAAGAACCAACAAAAGAAGAAACAACCAAAGAAGAACCAACCAUUCAAACACCAGUAAAGGAAGAAAGAAAACCAAUUGGUGGUGUUAAUAUUUUUGGCGAAGCAAAGGUUAAUUUAGGUGAAGUUGUACUCAAGAAGACUCAAUCAGAGCAAUCAUUGCCAGUCAAGGCUGAAGAGCCAAAGACUUUUGAUUUUAGAUCAGUAUUGAAGUCAAAAUCAUCAGAAAGAUUAGUUAAUAAUGAAGGUGCCUCAUCACCAGCCGUAUCAACACCUGUCAAAGCCACUCCAACCAAAACUCCAGUCGUUAUUAAAACUUCAUCAGUUCCAUCAAAUAUUAAUCAAGUUGUUUCACCAACUGCUACUACCUCAAUUCCAACAGAUGUCCAAACUUAUCCAUACGAAGACUUAAAGAAUCAUAAACAAUUAAAUCUUCCAGUUGAUAUAACCAAAUUAGAAAUUUAUUUAUCUGACGAAGAAUUCUUAAAAGUAAUUGGUGUUUCAAAACAAGAGUUUAUUAAAUUACCAGGUUGGAAACAAAAAUCUAAAAAGCAAGAAGCCAAGUUAUUCUAA